AGCGCCAUUAUGAAAUUGUAUUACUGAUGGAAGUUGGUUGGAUAAAUUUUUGUUAACGUAUUCACGACACGUUUUUAACCUUGGUGUAUUCUGUAAAGAGUGUUUUAUCGAGCACAGUUGUGAAAAAUGUCUAGUGGUCAGGGUCCAUCAGGUAGGGCUCGAGGUCGAGCUCGUGGCAGAGCCCGUGGACAGCCCACAGAGGCUGCCAGAAGACCUGGAGAAGAAAGAGAAGGACCUCAACAAAGAGCUCCUCCUUCUCAAAUGGUACCUGCUCAAGCUCAACCUGCAACUGUUGUAUCAGGAAGAGCCAGCCACAGAGGUGGUGCAAGAGGUGAACCUCGUCCAGGGGAUCAUCCAGAACCUCCUGUUUCAGAAAUGGCAGCCAUGCAGAUAGGUGCUAGUGAGCAGGCUGGUCGUGGGGCAAGAGGAAGAAGAGAACCAGAAUCCCUAACAACUAGACCUAAACACCUUGCAAAUAAGAAAGGUAAAACGGGGAACCCAUUGACUGUUCUCGCCAACUACUUUAAAGUUGAGACUAUACCAGAUUGGGUGAUAUAUCAGUACCAUGUUGAUUUCUCACCUAACGUAGAAUCUCCACGUAUGAGAAGGGCUCUUCUUUGUAUUCAUAAAGAACAACUUGGAUCUUGUUAUCUGUUUGAUGGCAUGUCGGAUCUGAAAACCCUGUCAAGACUAGCUACUGAGCCAACUGAGCUUUACAGUCAGAGGAAAACUGAUGGGGAAAAUAUUCGCAUCACAUUAAAGAGAACAGCAGAACUGCCCCCUCGUCAUCCAGAAGUGCUGAGAUUAUUUAAUACACAGAACAGAAGGAAUCUACAACAUCUGAAAUUCCAACUUUUGGGCCAACACUAUUUUGAUCCUGAUUCUGUGUCUGCAAUUCCUCAACAUGGGAUAGAGUUGUGGCAAGGAGUAAUCACUGCUAUUCGACAACAUGAAAAUUGUGUAAUGAUGGUUGUAGAUACCACCUAUAAAGUCCUUCGACGUGAUACUGUGUAUGAUCUAAUGUAUGAACUACGCAGAAGCCAUAAUUAUACAGACGAGUGUACUAAGCAAAUUGCUGGAUCUAUUGUCAUGACAAGAUAUAAUAAUAAAACAUAUCGUGUGGAUGAUAUUGCUUGGAAAAAGAACCCAUGUGAUACAUUUGAGACAAAAUCUGGACCACUAACUUACAUGGAUUAUUAUCUUAAGCAUUAUGAGAUUAGAAUAAAGGAUCAAAAACAACCACUUCUCGUAUGUCAGCCAAGUAAACGAGAUCUUCGUGCUGGUAGGACUCAGAAUAUCUAUCUCAUACCUGAACUUUGCUGUUUGACAGGAUUGACAGAAGCUAUGAGGUCAGACUUUAAUGUUAUGCGUGAUCUUGCUGCCUAUACUAGAUUGCCUCCCAGUAAACGUGUUGAAAAUCUGUCAACAUUUAUCCAGAGAGUUAAGAGUAAUCCGGAUGUCAGGAAAGAUAUGAGAGGCUGGGGUAUGGAGUUUUCCAAUGCCCUUGUCGAAAUUCAAGCACGUGUGCUUAAUACCGAGAGAAUUGUACAAGCUGAGCAGUCAAGUACCUAUGACCCAAGGACAGCUGAUUUUUCUAGAGAAAUGAGAGGAAAGCCAAUGGAGUUAUGUAGAGACCUGAGAAUCUGGACAGUUGUUGUAAGCCGAAGAGACUAUCCUAAAUUUGAAGACUUCUUGCAGUCUCUGAAGCGUGUCUGUCCACCAAUGGGAAUGCGUGUGAAUGCUCCAGAAGUGAUAACCAUUGAUGAUGACCGAAUCAAUUCUUUCAUUGGUGCUAUGCGUCAAGGUAUUGGACCAGAAACAGAAAUGAUCCUUAUAGUUGUGCCAAAUAACAGAAAAGAUAGAUAUGAUGCUAUAAAAAAAAUAGCGUGUAUUGACAUGCCAGUUCCAUCACAAGUUGUUGUUGCCAGAACCUUGAGCAAGAAGCAGAUGUUGAUGAGUGUGGCCACUAAGAUUGGUGUGCAGCUCAACUGUAAGAUGGGUGGUGUUCCUUGGAGAUUAGACAUUCCGUUAGCCAGCUUGAUGGUGAUUGGCUAUGAUACUUAUCAUGACUCUUCUCAGAAAGGACGUUCAGCUGGUGGUUUUGUGGCCAGCCUGAACAAAAAUCUCACUCAUUGGUAUUCACGUGUAGCUUUUCACAAUACUCACCAAGAGCUUUCAGAUGCCUUGAAAGUACAUAUUACAGUUGCCCUUAAACGCUUCUGUGAAGUUAAUGGUGCUCUUCCAGACAGAAUCAUUUUCUAUAGAGAUGGUGUAUCUGAUGGACAGAUUCACCAAGUUCAAGAAUGGGAGCUUGAGCAGCUACAUAAAAGUUACAGAGAGUUGGCUUCUGAUUAUACACCAAAAUUUACCUUUAUCAUUGUUACAAAACGAAUAUCUACAAGAUUCUUUUCCAAAGGAGCUAGACAAUUUGAUAACCCGCCACCUGGUACUGUGAUUGAUGAUGAAGUAACACGUCCUGAAAGAUAUGACUUUUACUUGGUCUCCCAAAGUGUUCGUCAAGGUACAGUAACACCUACUCAGUAUAAUGUUAUCUGUGAUACAUCAGGUCUUAGUCCUGACCAUAUGCAGCGAUUAUCAUAUAAGCUUACUCAUCUGUAUUACAACUGGCCAGGUACAAUUAGAGUUCCCGCUCCAUGUCAGUAUGCUCAUAAACUGGCUUUCCUUGCUGGUCAGUCACUUCACAAAGAACCAUCACCUUCAUUGUCCAACUAUUUGUUUUAUUUGUAACCACACAUGAUGUGAUGUGUCCAAGUUUUCAUUGAAAUGAUGCAAAACUUUACAGUCUGCAUCAAACUGAUAUUCCAUGAUUGUGUUCAACAUGUUAAAAAAGUGGUUUUUGACAAUUUUUCUUUAUGAUAUAAGUUGUGUUAAGUCAAAAUAGUAUUUUGACUAAGAACAUUAUUCCACUUUGGAAAUGUCCUAAAAAGUUUGGUUAUAUGGCAUAAAUGUUUCAACUUAAUUAAAGAUUUUUUUUCUUCUUUUUGUCCUCUUAUUAGUUAAAAGAAAAAUGUUUAGUUUUUAAGCGAAGACUGUUCAACUAGCUCUUUAGUAAUUCACUAUAAGCAGGUGGUGGAUCUUAUGGCAUUAUAAAGGUUUUUAAAGUCUUCCCACCCCCUAAUAUAGCAUCUACAUUUAACAUAAGUUGUUUGAUUCAAAAGAGAAAAUGAAUUAAGUUUUCUCUAACAUAAAACAUCAGAAUUAUAGGUAUUAAAAUUUUGAGAUAGGCUUUAGUUUUGAUGUAGGACAUUUUCAGACAAAAGAGGUUUUAUUUGAUAAAUGACAUUACUGUUUAGAAUUAAAAUGGUUUUGGUGUUGUUGCUCAGCCUUUGCAGAAUGUUUUCAUGUAAGAAAGUUCAGAUUUUUUUUUCCCCUUAUGUAAAGUUAUAAACAAAAAAAAGUACUUUGUGUAAAGCACUCAUUACUAGACUCUGGUGUUAACCUAAAAUUGGAAAAAUAUUGUUUUCUAAGAAAUAAAUUGUUAGUUGCUUAAGAACUUUUUUUUUUCUUAUUUACUUGCUUGUAUUUAAAGAAUAUAUUAGGCAUAUUCAAAAUUUCUGAUUCCAUUGGUGUCUUUAUUACAGUUCUAUUUUAUAUGAUAUCCUUUUGUUUUUUGUGGUAAGAUUUUUAAGAUUUAAUUAAUAUUGAAAAUUACUGGAAAUGAGGA